AUGAUUUCAAACGAACAACAGCAACAACAACCUAAAAAACGAGUGUCCAGAUGGGACUCCAAAGUCAAAGUAUCUGGUCAAGCCACAGCAUCAUCUGUAGGUGAUCAGGAAGAAUUUACAAAGAAACAUAAACGAUACGAUGAAGAAAAUAUAACAAAGGAUUCUACUAGUAGUGAUAAUCAAAUCAACAGUAAUAUCACGAUACCCGAAGAACCACCAAAGAAAAUGACUAAAUCAGCAUGGGAAGCCGACGAUGAUGAUGUAGAAGAUGUCGAUUCAUUUGUAAGGAAGAGCGGUUAUGGUACCUCACCAGCCUAUGCAAGCACAGACAUGUCUUCGGAUGAAGAGUUUUCGGGUAUUUCCCAUGCAGCUUCAUCAGCAUCAUCACGAAGGCUUCCACCAAGUAGCAAAAGAGGAGAUCGUUGGGAAAACUCUUCGUCGAGCCUUCCAAUUGCUCAGGCUUCAUCAUCAGCGGCUGCCGAUGCCACACCAGUUUUUGGUACUAGUAAAUGGGACCAAAAUGCAAUGAAAACUCCUGUUUAUGGUGCAGGAAGCUCGUCCGUCGCAGCAACACCAUUAUUAACACCAAGAAAUGCAUCAUUUAGAGGAUCAACAGCUGUAAUUUCGACGCCGCUCGGAAGUAUGACUCCUCAAGAAUAUUCACAACUCAAAAUAGAACAAGAAAUUGAUGCGAGGAACAGACCGUUGAGUGAUGAGGAAUUGGAUGCCAUGCUUCCUUCAGAGGGAUUUGAAAUUUUAAAACCACCACCAGAUUAUGUACCAAAGCGAAGAAACAGAACAAGUUCUUUCACAGCAGGUGGCAAUGAAAUGGUUACACCAUUGAGUGGAGCGGCCACUCCCUACUAUAAUAUUCCUGAAGAAAUUACUGCUUCCACGUAUGGAUUACCAAUAGGAACACUUGGAACAGACAUGCCAGAAAUGAAACCUGAUGAUUAUCAAUAUUUUGGCAAAUUAUUGGAAGAAAAGGACGAAAACGAGAUGAGUGAUGAGGAAAAAAUUGAACGAAAAAUUCUCAAACUUCUUCUCAAAAUCAAAAACGGAACACCUCAAAUGAGAAAGCAAGCCAUGAAAUUUAUAACUGAGCAUGCUCGAGAGCUUGGUGCAGGCCCUUUGUUUGAUCAAAUUUUACCUCUCAUGAUGUCAACAACUUUGGAAGAGCAAGAAAGACAUUUGCUCGUUAAAUUAAUUGACAGAAUUUUGUACAAAUUAGAUGACUUGGUCAGACCCUAUGUCCACAAAAUUUUACUCGUAACACAACCAAUGUUAAUCGAUGAGGACUAUUUUACAAGAAUUGAGGGACGAGAAAUCAUUGCAAACUUGGCAAAGGCAGCAGGAUUGGCCACUAUGGUUGCUGCCAUGAGACCAGAUAUUGAUCAUGCCGAAGAAUAUGUCAGAAACACAACAAGUCGAGCAUUUGCCGUAGUAGCGAGCGCUCUUGGUGUGCAAAAUCUUUUACCCUUCUUGAAAGCUGUUUGUAGAUACAAAAAGACAUGGGAAGCAAGACAUACAGGAGUGAGAAUUGUACAACAAAUUGCUGUCUUGUUAGGUUGUGGAGUAUUGCCCUAUUUGACGGAUCUUGUAGAAAUUAUUAAGGACGGUUUUAACGACAGUGAGUUUAAAGUGAGGACAAUGACAGGAUUGGCAGUCGCUGCGUUGGCCCAAUCAUCUGCUCCGUUUGGAAUUGAAUCAUUCGACUGUGUCUUGAAACCUCUGUGGAAAGGUCUAAGUACAAGCAAGGGAAAAAUGUUAGCUGCCUAUAUCAAAGCAGUUGGCCACAUUAUUCCAUUGAUGGACCCUGUACAAGCUAAGAAAUAUACCAAUGCAGUUAUUGAACACAUUGUGCGACAGUAUGAUACACAAGAGGAGGAAAUGAAAAGAAUCGUGCUUAAAGCUAUUGCUCAAUGUGUGGCUACCGAAGGAAUUGAUGCUACGUUUGUUAAGCAGAAUAUCAUUCCUAAAUUCUUCUCGAGCUUUUGGGAUAGAAGCAUGGUAAACGAUCGAAGAAAUUACAACCAACUCGUAGAGACAACCGUAGCAUUGGCUCAUAAUGUUGGAUGUGCUCUUGUUGUUGGCGAGUUAAUAACCCAUCUUAAGGAUGAGAAUGAACCAUUCCGACAUAUGACUCUUGAGACCAUCAUGAAAAUCACAGAAGCACUCGGCACUACAGAUAUUGGAGAACGAUUAGAAUUGGAACUUUUAGAAGAAUGUCUACUAUUUUGUAUUGUGCAAGACCAGAGCAAUCCAGCAACAGAUAAGAAGAAUUACUAUUUGAUCAUUAAUGCUGUUUCUUCAAUACUCAAAGCUUUUGGUAUUAGAGCUAAGAAAUAUCUUCCAAAAUUAACGGGUACCAUACUGCAUCGACUGACCAACAAAUCUGAGAAGGUUCGACAACAAUCUGCAGAUCUCCUCACAGAAAUUAUUCCAAUUGUGAAACAAUGUAACGAAGAGACACGUCUCACUCACUUUAAGAUGAUUCUUUAUGAGUUUUUGAGAGACGAGGAGUAUCCUGAGGUUUUAGGUUCUGUUUUGGCAUCCAUGAAUGCUCUCAUUCAAGCAAUAGGAGAAGGAGAUGAGACUAAGCCUUCAUUAGAUGAAAUCUUGACACGGUGCACUCCAAUCUUAAAGAAUAGAAAUGAAAAAGUUGAAGAAAGUCUCAUUAAUUUAAUUGGUACUAUUGCACAAAUUGCAGCUAAUCGAAUUUCAAGCAAGGAGUGGCUAAGAAUUUGUUUCGAUUUGUUGGAAGUUCUUAGAGCUCACAAGAAAUCAAUACGUAGAGCAGCAAUUAAGACAUUUGGUUAUAUUGCCAAGGAAAUUGGACCUUCUGAUGUGCUUGUCACACUUUUGAACAACUUGAAAGUCCAAGAACGACAGAACAGAGUAUGCACUACUAUUGCAAUUGCCAUUGUAGCUGAGACGUGUGGUCCUUUCACCGUUCUUCCAGCUCUCAUGAACGAAUAUCGAGUGCCAGAACUCAACGUUAGAACUGGUGUCCUCAAAUCUCUUGCCUUCCUAUUCGAAUACGUUGGAGACCUUUCUAUUGAUUAUAUUUAUGCAGUCACGCCUUUAAUUGAAGAUGCCCUAAUGGACCGAGACUUGGUACACAGACAAACAGCAUGUUCAGCCGUUAAGCAUAUCGCUCUGGGGGUGCAUGGACGUGGAAAAGAAGAUAUACUUCUUCACUUGUUGAACUAUGUAUGGCCAAACAUUUUUGAAACAUCCGCACACGUGAUUAAUGCAGUUAUGGAAGCUAUUGAAGCGCUUCGUGUCACUCUUGGCCCAUGUGUCAUUUUACAAUAUUUAUUACAGGGUCUGUUUAACCCUGCUAGGAAAGUUCGAAAUGUAUUCUGGAAGAUUUAUAACAAUGUUUAUAUUGGUCAUCAAGAUGCAAUGGUUCCUUUUUAUCCAAAAAUUACGAAUGAUGAACAGAAUCAUUACGAACGAACAGAAUUAGAGUGGUUUAUUUAA